GGCGGCGAGCGGGGCGGGGGGGGGGGGUCUCGCUCGGCGCGGAUCGCUGCGGGCUCCGCGCGGCCAUGGAGGCGGACGGGAGCCAGGCGACCUCGGGCGGCCCCGGCGAGGCGCAGCACGACCCCGGCAAGAUGUUCAUCGGCGGCCUCAGCUGGCAGACCUCCCCAGACAGCCUGCGCGACUAUUUCAGCAAAUUCGGGGAGAUCCGGGAGUGCAUGGUCAUGCGGGACCCCACCACCAAGCGCUCCAGAGGCUUCGGCUUCGUGACGUUCGCGGACCCGGGCAGCGUGGACAAGGUGCUGGCCCAGCCGCACCACGAGCUGGACUCCAAGACGAUUGACCCUAAAGUUGCAUUUCCCCGACGAGCACAGCCUAAGAUGGUCACAAGAACAAAGAAAAUAUUUGUAGGUGGAUUAUCGGCUAAUACAGUAGUGGAAGACGUAAAGCAAUACUUUGAGCAGUUUGGCAAGGUAGAGGACGCCAUGCUUAUGUUUGACAAGACGACCAACAGGCAUAGAGGAUUUGGUUUCGUUACUUUUGAAAAUGAAGAUGUGGUGGAAAAAGUCUGCGAAAUCCACUUCCACGAAAUCAAUAAUAAAAUGGUAGAAUGUAAGAAAGCACAACCUAAAGAAGUGAUGUUUCCACCAGGGACGAGAGGAAGGGCGCGCGGAUUGCCGUACACCAUGGACGCUUUCAUGCUGGGGAUGGGAAUGUUGGGUUACCCGAAUUUUGUCGCGACAUAUGGCCGAGGAUAUCCUGGAUUUGCCCCAAGUUACAGCUAUCAGUUUCCAGACUAUUUGCCGAUUUCACAAGACAUAAUUUUUAUCAACUAGUUCUUAAAGAUGCAUAACAAAUUAAUCGGGGUUUACUACAGUGCUAAUGAGAGAGAGAGACAGACAAAGCCUGGGUGGUCCAUGUUAAUAUCAAUGUCCACUGAGAAAUUGCUGCUCUUGCUGGCUGGUUUGAUUGAAUGGACUUUUUACUUUAUUUUUUUAAAGGCUCCAUAUCCUCACUGCUUUGAGUUUUGCUUUUUAUUAUCUUUUUUUUAAUUUUGUUAUUUUUUCCCUCUGCUUUGUUAUGAGUUUUUAAUGCCCACUUGGAAUGUAACUCACAGGGAUGGGGAGAGGGGCAUUACGAAGGCAUGACUUCUCACAAACUUCUUAAGCAUAAUUCUGACCAGGGAGCGAAAACAACGGUUGGCCUCACAGCCGGCCCCAGAGGGAUGCUGGCACUUUGUUCAGCAGCACAAGUCGAGAGCGGAGCGAGGCCGCCGUCUCCUCUUGCUGGGGUUCCAAUGGAUCAGGGUUGGAUUGUCCCCAGCGAGUUCCUCUCACACUGCAGCACCCACCCAUGGCCGUGCCUGGCUGUGCUUGGGGCGGCUCUGCCUGGGGCAGCUGCUGCCUCGGGGUUGGGGUCGGUGGCUUCUGUGUGGCCACCACUGAACUGCAGCGUCCCCCCCUCAGUGCCAUCCCCUCAAUGCCAUCCCCCCGCCUCCUGCAGCGGGCGAUGCUUCCACCUCCUGCAAUUGCUUUUGCUUGCAAAUUGUGAGCAGGUUGCUUAAAUUUGGGCAGGAGGGGCUUUUGCUGUGCUGCUUUCAGCUGUGCUGCACCUCUCAAUCUCCACCCAACUGCCCGAACUGCAAACCGGUGAUCUGCUGCUGUCCAUUGGCUCCGCUUUAACAAGACCAGAUUCUGCUGGUUUGGGUAGAAAACACACAUGGUAUCUUUUUUUUAAGUGUUUCUACCUACCUUAUAAGUUUGUGAGAAGUAAAUUGCAUGCUUACAGUAGAACUGUAAUGCAUUUUAAUGUUUGUUAAUCCACUUGUUUAAAAUGUCGGUGUCAAAGGCUCUGCGAUACACGGCUGUGCUGUUCAUUUCAUUAAAGAUGCUUGAUGUAACGAUUGGUUAGUUUCCUUUUUACUUUUCUGCAGGCAAUAGCUUUUUUAAUCUGUAUGGCUUCUUAUUAUUUUGUUUGGUUUUUUGUUUUUUUUUUUUGCUAUGAAUUGCUUUGCUUUUGUGAACUUGUCUUAGUGUGCAUGAUUUGCAAACAUUUCGGCUAUUGUGAAUUUUCUCAUUUUUUGUAAAUAGUCCAUCUGUGCUUUUUUUUUUUUUAAUGACUUUUAUCCUGUAAGUAACUGAGGUAGAAAAUAAUAAUAAAUUGUUUACAACGGAUGUGCUGUGUUGCUGCUCUCUUAGCUUUGCAGAUUUAAUAUUUUGGUUUGGAUGCACCAAAUAACCAGUACCAAUGACAGCUUAAUAAAAGAAUGACACCACCACCACUCCCAGCACGUGAGCCACUCUUGGAAGAGCCUGCAGACGAAUGGUUACGUAUGAGGUGUGUUGGCAGCAAAAAUUAAAACAAAAGCAAUGACAGAGCACUCAUAGCUGGGGGAGAGCGGUGUCUGCCCGUAAGGUUGCAGCAUUCCCAGCAGUGACCGAGGUGGGUUUGAGCACCAAACUGUAGCUGUGGUAGAAAUCCCUGUCCAGCACUGGUGAGCAGGAGGCUCUUUGCUGUUUGGAAAUGGAAGGGACGGUGGGGGCAGUGUCAUGGCAGAAGGUCCUGUGCUGCAAUGGCAGCAUUUGCCCCAAGUGGUGCUGCAGAAUGCAGAGCUGCCAUCGCUGUGGGUGUCACUGUGAGCCCAUCUGCUGUCACUGCCCGGGUGCUGGAGGAUGUCAGAGUUGCUUAGAAGCCUUCAGCUCAGGAAUUUAAAUUUCUUUUUAAUUCAGGGUUUGUUUGCUUGUGUGUUUGUUAAAGUUUAUUAAAGCCUUUGUAUGUGGGAAGAGGUGGGAAAGCCAGAUAUUAUCACAAACUUUCCUGAGCUCCCGUAAGAACACUUGCACCUUAAUAACCCAUAAUCUGCAAAGCCUGGAGCCUGGUUCUGCGUUGUGCUCCUGCUGCAGACACACAGUGUGAGGGAGCUGAGUCUGAACGGGGACUUUCCAUUAUUAUGAGAAUAUUUAAAACCAAGCCAACUUUCUGCUAAUGUACAGAGUUCAGUUCGGUUUCUUUCCUGAUAGCAGUUGCACACUGCUCACUCAUCAGCAGUUGACUCUGAGUAGGAUGGUGUCCUUCCCUAAAAGUUACUUCGUGAUGCUUACCUGAUAGGUGUGGUAGCUGCUUUCUGGGUCAAGAAAAAGAGCUGGUACCAGAGGCAAAGGUAACGAUUAUAGUAAUGACAUGCUUAAGGCUUCUUUUGUAUUGUCUGAAAGAAAGGGCAGCUUCCUUCCUUACCUCUUUCUGGUGCUGAGGACAUUCAGCGGUGCUACAAAGCUGUGAGCUGGCUUUGUUCCUGCAGGUCUCUUGGUUCCCCGCUCCUUUUUAAGUAAUCUAAGAGAAGUGCAGUAAGACUGGGAGGAAACGAGCAUGUCCAUAGUUUCACCUGGUGCGGUGCUGGGUACGGCCUGGCCAGGCUGGGAGCAGGAUGUUCGCUCAG